UAAAGAGUGAUCAGUGAGUGAGAGGAACAAAGGCAGCUCCAAUGAGGGCCCAUGAAAUGUCUCCUCAGUAGACUCAAGAUGUGAUAUUCAUCUUUCUCUCUACUGCACUAACCCAUCUUUUCUUUCACCUUCUUCACCGCCCCUUUCCCAUUUUUUGCCCUAUUUCAAAAUAGAAACUUUUCCACUACUAGCUAAAACACUUUCUUAAUUAUGUCUCUCGAUAUUAAACCUAAUGAUUUCGGUGAGGGAUCGUCGCGAUCCGUCACUGAACAAAACCAGCAACUCGUAUCUGCUCAGCCUGCUCCGGCCCCUCUGAGCCGAUACGAGUCGCAGAAACGCAGAGACUGGAACACGUUCGGGCAGUACUUGAAGAAUCAAAGGCCUCCAGUGGCACUACCACAGUGUAACUGCAACCAUGUACUCGAGUUCCUCAGAUACCUAGAUCAGUUUGGAAAGACCAAAGUUCAUUUACUCGGGUGUGUCUUUUACGGACAACCCGACCCUCCGGCCCCUUGUACAUGUCCACUUAGGCAAGCUUGGGGGAGCCUCGAUGCGCUCAUCGGACGCCUCCGAGCUGCCUACGAAGAGAAUGGCGGGUCACCAGAGAAAAACCCGUUUGGAAACGGAGCUAUUCGGGUUUAUUUACGCGAAGUCAAGGAGUGUCAAGCUAAAGCUAGGGGAAUUCCUUACAAGAAGAAGAAGAAGCGGAAACUUCCAACUAAAACAAAUGAUCAAGAUCAAGUUAAGUUCGCCAAGCAAACUACUUAAACUUAUUUAUUAAGGUGUACUAUGCAGCUUUGGUUCAAAUGGACACCAAGUGUCAAGGAAAUAGAUCACUGCUUCGCAAAUGCUUUAUUCCAUUUCCCUCAGUAGCUGAUCAUAUAGAUUCAACUUAUUAGAGUCUAGCUAGGCUAGCUACUUUUCCAAAUAAUGUUUAGUACAAUCCGAUAUAUAUAUGUAUAUGAUGGAACCAGCUUCCAAAAUUUGCUUCUUGUGAUCUUUAAUUUGCAUGUAGCUCUGUGUUAAUCAUAUAUUAGAUGCUAGUAUUAAGUACCAA